AUUGCCGUCUGUUGCCCGAGGCCCCUGCCCAGUGGUAGGUUGCCGUCUGUUGCCCGAGGCCCCUGCCCAGUGGUAGGUUGCCGUCUGUUGCCCGAGCCCCUGUUGAGGGGUAGAUUGCCUUCUGUUGCCCGAGGCCCCUGCCCAGUGGUAGGUUGCCGUCUGUUGCCCGAGCCCUGCCCAGGGGUAGAUUGCCGCCUGUUGCCCGAGCCCCAAGCCUAAAGGGGGGAGAUUGCCUGAAGACCCCCCCUGUGCC